AUCGAAACACCAGCAGCCGCCGACUCAGAUUGAGCCGGUUCGCACCGGAACGGAUUCUUACGACAGCCACUGACUCGAACACACGUUACGCUCGUCCAAAAAAAACCGUCACCAUGCACGGACACAUGCCGCCACCGCAACAGCAUCCCGGGCUACACCCGGCCCAUCAGCAACCACCACCACAUCUGCCUCAUCUUUCUAACCUUCCACCGCACAGCAUGCAGCGGGAGCAUCCUGCAAAUCGAUUGAACAACGCUCGGCAUCACCACCCUCGAGAUCAUCCGGCGGCAAUGGGCCCACAUCUGCAGAUGCAAGUACCACCGCCACCCCAUCGAAAGCCUCUGCCCGGACCACCGCCGCCAACGGCCGGUGGCUACUACACCACGAACGGGCCCAACAUUCACGGCGGUCUCCCUAAGCCUCUGCCCAUGACAGCGGCCCAUCUGCAUCCACCGCCCGCGCUGAACGUUGGCCUGCCACCGCACCAGCAGCACCCCGGUGGACCACUGCCACCACCGCCGGGACCGCAUCCUGGCGUUGUCGGCAAGUUACCUCCACCGUACGGCGGCGGUGGUCAGCAUGGGAAACCCUCGAUGCCCCAUCAGCAGCAGCACCAACCACCCGUUUCCGUGCACCACUCGGUAGCGAUGGCUCCACCAGUGCAGCCGCCGAUACCGGUGGUGUCGGCGGCCACACCCGCUGGUACCAAAACACGUCACAUACCCUCGACCACAGACCAAAAAGUACACCAUCACAGCCACGUCACAUCACAGACCAAUGGGACCAUCGGAGCUCCGAAGGGGAGCGGCAUGUACUCGGAAAAAUCUAAACCGACCGCCGGAGGGACCGCGAAGGCAACGAAGGAUGCCCAUCCAUCAUCGGCCCCGACGACGACGGCUCCGGUUACCGUCAGUGCAAACGCUCCCUGCACAGCGAUCGUUUCGAUAGGCCCGACUCCGGUAUCGCCACCGGAAGCAUCGGUAGCCCACCCGGUGGUUGCCUGUGCUUCGGGAUCCGAUACAACGGUGGCGGAAGGGGCGACGGGACCGACGGUGGAUUCCCUAUCUUCAGCGAACUCGACAGAAACCUUGGCAAACAUGAAAGAGAAAACGACCAUGUGCAUGGUGAACGAGCUGGCCCGGCACAACAAGAUACUGCACCAGUACCGGCUGACGGGCGAAACGGGGCCGGCCCACAAGAAGCGCUUUACCGUCACGCUCAAGCUCGGGGACGAGGAGUACACGGCCGAGGGCGCCAGCAUCAAGAAGGCGCAGCACGAGGCGGCCGGUAAAGCGAUCGCCGAGACCAAGUACAAACAUCCGCCGGCGCGCACGAAUCGGCGCACGAAGAGUGGCGUGAAGGGCAACACGAGCAGUUUCACGCCGACCGUCGAGCUGAACGCGCUCGCCAUGAAGCGGGGCGAACCGACGGUGUACAAGGUGAUGGCGUCCCCGUUGCCGGUCUCGAAGUAUGCGAAUGGCGGCGGUGGCUUUCCUCCCGGCGGUAACGGCGGAAGGCGCGCACUGGGGCCGGGGCCGGUCGAUAAACUACCACCCGGAGGCAGCGGUGGUAUCCCUGGACUGUUGCCAUACGGCGGGGGAUCCGGGUUGCCACCGGGUGGUGGACGAUACGGCCACCCGCACGGUCUAGAUGGUGGCGGCAGCGGCGGCGGCGGUGCAGUAGGACCCGGUGGAUUCUGGGGUCGUGCGCCACCGGGUGGUGCUGGCGGACGGGGAGGUAUGGGUGGCUUCCACCCGGGACACCAGCAUCAACCGCCGCCGCACGUUCACGCACACCACCAUCGUGGCGGUCUGGGGGACCCUCACCAUCACCAUCAUCAUCCUCCGCACCAUCAUCACAGCGAUACGGCGGCCGCCGGGUACGGUGGACACGGUCCUCCGGCCGGGUCAAUGAACGUCCACGAGCUCUACAAAGCGACGCUGCGCGUCGGUGAGCGGACUUUUCUCGGUGAAGGUCAAACUCCGCAGGCGGCACGCCACGAUGCCGCCGCCCGGGCGCUCGAAGUGUUGAAGCCCCUGACGCUGAGCGAAAGUACAGGCGAGGGCAGAGGGAAACACACGAACGCUGACGGAACGGUCGGAGCUGGUGGUGACCCGGGCGUCAACGGUGAUGGUGGCGAUCCGAAUGCGGAGCUAAAGUCACCGAUCUCGCUCGUGCACGAGCUGGCCGUGCAGUGCCAGUUGCCGGUGGAGUUUGAAGUGAUCAGCGAGAAGGGCCCCCCGCACAUGACGGUUUUCGUGACGCAGUGCAAGGUCGGAACGAUCGUCACCGAGGGUGAGGGCACCGGCAAGAAGCAGUCGAAGAAGCGGGCGGCCGAGAAAAUGUUGGACGAGCUGCGCAAGCUGAAGAAAACGAUGGAUCAGGAGUCGGCCACUGCGUCGUCGUCGUCCCACGGCGUUACCGCUCCGUGGGCGGAACGGUCGCAGUGCGAGCGGAGAAACAAAAAGAAUGCUGCCACGGCCGCACUGUCUGCCCCGGCCGCAGACGGUUCGAUGGUAACCGCAGCGAAGAAAAAGUCCCGCAACCUGAUCAAGGACAAAUCGGUGGCCGAUGUGUCGGAACAGGAGAAUCCCAUCUCGCGCCUGAUGCAGAUACAGCAGGCGCGCAAGGAAAAGCAACCGGUCUACACUCUAGUCGAGGGUGACCGAUCGUCCACCGGGCGGCGGAAACAGUUUACGAUCGGGGUGAGUGCCGCCGGUAAGUGUGCGGUCGGCGUGGGCCUAACGAAGAAGGCGGCCAAGUGGAUCGCAGCCGAGGGGCUGCUGAGUGAGCUGGGCUUUGCCGUCACCAAAACGAACCCAUCGGCCGGCGCCGUCAACAAGGAGAACCAAUCGGCGGCCGCCAACGCAGAAGCCGUCACGGUAGGCAACGGCCCGCGCAAGGUUGUGUUUAACGAAUCGAUCGUCCCGUCCAAGUUGUCCAACGCAUCGGAUUCACGCGCGCUAGUGAACGGUACGGCACAGCACGGCAAAGGCGGUGAUGCAUCAGCGAGGGAUUUAAUGAACGACAGUACGGCUUCGAACGACAGUACGGCCACCAACAGUUCCGGUGUGUCGAGUGCGUCUUCCGGUGGUGCGCAAGCUACGUCCGCUACAGCCGCUGUGCAGUCUUCAGCUUCCGGCACACCAUCGAAACCGGACGUCGGGCGGAACAAGGAGCAGCUAAUGUACUUGGCGCAGCUGUUGAAGUUUGAGGUCCAGCUUUCCGAUUUCCCCAAAGGAAACCAUGGCGAGUAUCUGACGCUGGUGGUGCUCACGACGGAGCCACCGCAAAUGUGCCACGGUAGCGGCGCGAGCCUGCAAGAGUCUCAGGAUGAGGCGGCCCGCUGUGCACUGGAGAUGCUGUCUAAGAUCGGGCUCGACAACGUGAAGCCGAAACCUGCGGCGAUCAAUUCCUCCUCGCCGGCGGUGGCACCGACGGCUGGUGGCCCCAACGACGACGGUGCCAUAGCAGCGACGGCCAGCAAGUAAGAGCAAGAGCAGUGGUGUUGUAAUGCAGCGGGACGCGUGUUGGUGGUGAGGCAGCACAAAGCGUUGAGCCACCCCACGAAGGGGGAAAGGCGGCGAAUGUGCAACUGGUUCCCAUCGGGGAUCCAGUUGAUUGUUUCCGAGUUUUUUUGUUACGUUUUGUUUGAUUGUUUGUCGAAACAUUUGCUAAUUGUGCCACGGCGGUCCGCCACGCCGCAUCCAGUGGCGCACCUUGAACAUGGUGAGCGGGCAUCACAUCGGGCAACAACGCCACUGUCUGCGGCCGCUCGGCUUUGGUGUGGCUGCGUGAGACAGAAUCCACACACCGGUGGCACCUGCUACACGGCACUGCGCGUCGCCCAAGCCUGGCCAAGGUUUGGGCGACGACGGCAGAAUUGAUUACCAUUUUCCUAAGCCAAGAGUUGAUUAACCACACACACAGAAAAAAGGGCAUAACACACGUCGCUUGGACGGGCGGGCGGAGAAGACAAGAUGUGCAUGAAGGUUCUUGAAUCACGUAGUAUCUAGUGUGUAGUGUGAGCGAAAGUUGACGAAAGAGAGAGUGUUGUCGUAACACAGAACGCUAGUGGCCAGGGCAUGAGCACUUAGGGUAACCACAUUUCUCAUUCGCAUAGAGUGUAGUCUUGAUCGCUGACUAGGAGCUUAGCAGGUGGCUGGUGGAAUCUACGGAUGGCCCUGGUCAGCUACUCAACAAUUGUGUUACUUGCGGAAUCCCGCCCCCAGGAGCAGCGCGGUAUCUUGUGGCGAUGGCAAACGUGCCGUCCGUAAGAUUGUAAUAAUUUCGUAUUUCGUUUGAUAACCUUCAUCAAUCUGCUUUUCAAUGUGUGUGUGUGUGUGUGUGGCGCCCGCGCCACGAAAGCCACGAACCGUGACCCCGUUACGCAGAGGAAGUUAGUAAAAUCUCGACUAAAGUCGCGAUCACCGUGCGAUCGAGAUUUUACUGAGUUCUGACGCGCGUUCCGCGGAGCGUCCGUCGUGUCGUCCGUGUAUACUACUUAUACUUCAAGUCACCGGGUCAACCGGACCCGAAGGGGUCCCGGCUUUGUUGGGCUUGAAAAGAGGCGCGUGUUUAACAAGCGGUGUAUGGAUCGGGCUGUGGUACGGCAAACAUCUGGCCAAUAGUGCGCGCGCUACACGGUCGGAUCGAUGCACCGGUAAAUUUAAGUGUGUUUCUGCUAGUGUUCGUAUGCAACAUAUUACAUAACUGUAAGAAAUAAUGUAUUUUUUCGCCGAAAUUCAUCGCACUCAGCAGCAUCAACUGCAGCUGCAGCGAGACCCCCACAACCCUCAAAUCCCCACAUAACGGAUAUCAAACAAUAGUAUCACAACAACGGAACACUCGUCGACAACAGUAGACUGCUGUCGACACUCAUCCUCAUUACAUUAUCACACAUUAAUUCAUCAUAACAAUAGACGCCGGGCGGGCACUAAGUCAAGCCCUCAUAAACGCACCUCUCAACAACUCACUUCUUUCCGCCCCUCUCUCGGGGUAGGAAACGAGAAAAAAAUACAUUUUUUCAAAACAAAUCCACGAAGCUGGAGACAUCAGUAGGGGCCGGCGGCGGCCCCUCCGACACAAGGAGCUGUCCGUUGGCGGAACUCGUUCGGAAACACAUUUUAUUUAAGAACCCAUUGUAAGCGGCGGAAGAACCUUAGGCUUGGGUAAAACUUAGAAGCAGAGAGGCAACCAAAAGAAACAAGGGGCCCUCCCCCCCACUUGAAGAACUCCUCUUUAGGCAUAUGGUAAUUGAUGGCGUGGCGCAAAGGAAGAAAACUCCCCCCAACAACAACAACAACAAAAACCGGCGAUCCUCAUCACCGGAACAUACUAUUUAUUGUUGAUUGGCUGAUGGUUGUAGAAGUGAAGCAGAAAACAAAGAAGUAGAGGAUCGCGUAGUACCGUCUUAGUUCUAGAGGCUGGCAGACGGGACGCCGGGACGGAGGCGAAGAGUGAUCGGCAUGGUCCGGUAGGAUCGGUUGGCAGAAAAGUGGCGAUCAAGUAUUACACGAUAGCUUAUUCUCAUUCGCACCCUUUUAGGAGGAGAGUUCAACCGAUCCGAACCGUGAGACAUCCUGAUCCUACUUCAUGGUGCGAUCCCAGGCGAACCCGACACACUCUGUCGCGCUCCGUCCUGACUUGGCUGCCUGCUUCUGUAUUAACUUAUUGUCCACGGCGUCCAGUUCAGAGUGUUGACGAAGAGUGAGUGUUGUUUGUGUUUAGAAAAUGUUAAAAGAACCACUACAGACCGAUCCGGCUAGAGUCAGGACCCCGCCGUCGAGAGGUGAAAAAGCCGAACCAAAUCAGCCAAUAUUUUUUUAGAAAAUUUAAAAAUCGUUACACAGUUUUCGAACAUUUUAAUAGAAGGCAACACAAACUGGUGGUACACUCUCCAAAAAACCCGGCCCGGAACAGGCAACGAAUGUGAACCCGAACCCCCCACGCGAAGGCAGGUAUUUUAACGUCGGCCCGGCCAUCUUCGAGAAGUUAGUCUUCAUCAGCACAUUUUAUUAGACCACAAGCCCACCGGCACCCCCCGGAGUGGAGAACAGAAACGCUCCGCUCCGGGCCAGCCGGGACAAAGUGUUUUGCCCAUAAAAACCAAUCAACUUCAAAAGACACACACGGGGGUAUUAGGUGAUGCGCAUGAAGCAACGUCUCUUAGAGUGGAACUUUCGAGCUCGAGAAAAUCGUCGCGAUAGAGAAGCUAGCAGGGAAGCGGCCAUUGGGGGGCACUCUCGGGAAGAAGAAUGUGCGCGUGCGGACGGCCCUCUGACGUCAUCAUCAUCAUAUUUGUACGAAAACCAAACAAGUCUAUGGAAUGAAUAAAUAAAA